CAAAGACACAGCUGCUGCUGCUUCCUGUGAUUUAUGCAAACGGGUCAUGUUACAUCCUGGGAAAACAGGCUCUUGUACUUGAAGUACAACAUGAAGGAUUAUAUUUGAUACGACUGAAAGCACAAAUGUCACUGCAUUUGGACUCUGAACAAUUGAUGACAAAACAAGAUGGCUCUUUUUGAGGAUUAUUUUUCCUUCAUUGAUCUAUGUCCAACCACCGUUUUGUUAACUACGACUUUCCUGCUUUUUCUCUGCCUUGCCUACAGUAGUUUUGCAUCUCACACAGGGAAUGAGCCUCCAGGACCGAGACGUCUGCCUCUGCUUGGCAACCUGCUGCAGAUUGAUCUCAAGAGACCCCACAACACCCUGUGUGAGUUUUCAAAGAAAUAUGGAUCUGUGUUCACUGUGUAUUUUGGACCCACUAAAGUGGUGGUCCUAGCUGGGUAUAAGACGGUCAAAGAGGCUCUUGUCAACUAUUCAGAGGAAUUUGGAGAUCGAAUGAUCGCCACGAUUUUUGAUGAUGUCCAUGAAGGUCAUGGUAUUGUAUUUGCAAAUGGAGAUUCCUGGAAAGAGAUGAGGCGUUUUGGUCUUUCUUCCCUGAAAGAAUGUGGGAUGGGCGGAAAAGGAGCUGAGAAGAUGAUCAUAGAAGAGUGCCACCAUCUCAUCGAAAUGAUUAAAAACUAUAAAGGGGAAGCAUUUGAUAUAAAAUGGCCCAUGAAUUACGCAUCUUCCAACAUCAUCUGCUCCAUUAUGUUUGGAAGCAGAUUUGACUACAAUGACCCCGUGUUUAAAGAAACUGUGUGGGUAUCAACUGACAAUUUAAAGCAUGUUGGCACCGCAGAAAUCCAGCUUUAUAACAUGUUUCCAUGGUUGGGCAGUUUGAUCAGCAAACGGAAGGUGGUAUUACAAAAUGUUGAGAAGAUUCUUGCCACCAUGAAUAGUUCAAUCCAGAAUCUGAAAGCAACAUUUAAUGCUGAUGAAUGCAGGGGGCUGGUGGACUGUUUCUUGACCCGUCAACAGAAAGAUGAGGAAUCUCAUGUCGUGGGCUCUCAUUACCACGAGAAGAACUUCACUUUCACAGUGACCAACCUGUUUGCUGCUGGUUCUGAUACUACAGCAAUUACACUCAGAUGGGCUUUGCUGUUUAUGGUGAAAUAUCCACAUAUACAGGACCAGGUCCAUGAAGAGUUGAGCCGUGUUAUUGGAAACCGCCAAGUCAGUGGAGAUGACAGGAAACUGCUGCCGUACACCAAUGCUGUCAUUCACGAGACCCAGAGGUUUGCGGACAUUCUACCAAUUGCUCUUCCUCAUCAAACAGCAAGUGACGUAACCUUCCAGGGGUAUCUUAUUAAAAAGGGGACGACUGUUUUUCCUUUACUGACUUCUGUCCUCUUUGACAAGAAUGAAUGGGAGAGUCCACACACUUUCAAUCCUUCUCGAUUCCUGGACGAAGAGGGAAAAUUCAUCAAAAGGAAUGCUUUCAUGCCAUUUUCUGCAGGUCAAAGAGUGUGCCUGGGUGUAAGCCUGGCCAGGAUGGAGCUCUUCCUUUUCUUCUCCAGCCUUCUCCAGCACUUCAAAUUCUCUCCUCCACCUGGAGUUACAGAGGAUGAAGUGGACCUGACUCCUUCUGUAGGCUUUACUGUUGGCCCUUCACCAUAUGAGCUGUGUGCCACCAUGCGCAUGUAAAUGAAUUAAAGAUCAAAGCACAGGACACUUGUGGUGUUUGUUGAAUGCAGUUGAUUUUUGCUACAUUUCUUCUGGCAUAUUCACAACUAACAUCCCAUAUGUGACCUGGAUCAUUUAUGCUGCACAAUGGAGCUAACCUAAUCAACCCUGGAUAUAUAUUGCUUUUUAAUUAAAGAGG